CUUUAAGGUUUCCCAUGUUUUAAAAAAAAUGUGUAUUAAAAGCGAUAACUGCUUAGCGAUAAGAUUGUUUUAGAAUUUUUGCCCCCCACUUCACUUGAAACUAAAUCCGCCCCUGAAUGGGGGACACAGGGCCCAGAAUGCUCGGUGGGCGUGUCUCACAGAGCACUCGAGUCCAGGUUUUCCAACCUCUCCCGGAAUAUGAGGAUAUUUAAGGUGAAUCCAGAUUUUAAAGGUUUGGCACAACGUGACUCCUUUAAGUCAGAGCGCCCCCACGUGUGUGGACCCGCCUCCAAUAAACCGCAGGAGAAGCAGCUCCUCUUCCUUCAACACACACGGACUCAUCCAAACGGCGAGGAGGCGGAACCGAACCACGGCGGCGCGUGCGGAUGGUUAAUUAAUGAAAGAUCAGGUUAACGGGGAGCUGUGGAGGGUGAUCCAAGUCGGAACCUUCACCAUCUGCGCACAAACUUGUUUUGGUGAGAAAUCGGCGAGGAGACGAGAGAAAAACCCGAGUUUGACCUUAGGUACACGCGUCCUGACGCAGAGCAAACGUGCGUUAACGCGCCGCACUUGAAAGGUUUCCAGAUGAUAAAAGUAUCAAUAAAUGUGAUCUGUUCAUGACGGCCCACUUCUCUCUCUGGCUGCAGCUCGGCGCGGAAACCCGGUGUUUGGUGCAGCCGGGAGGGAGAGUCCCGGUGUCGGCCUGAGCUGCUGCAGGAUGCGCCGCCGCAGCUGCGCGCUGUAGGAGCGCACUUCCAGGAGUCCUCGGUCCCGGCCCGAGCCCGACGCCCGGCCCGUGGCCUUGCAGCGGGACACAUGAGACGCGUGGGCGCCACUCGGACUGGAUUUUAAACCUUGCACUCGUCCCCACGUCCUCCUGCUGGUGGGUCGUCCGAGAUGGAGACGCAGAGGGUCGAACCGGAGCAGGACGGAACAGAGCCGCCCAUGCACAGCGUCCACGGGUCCAACCGGAUCCGCCCGUCGUCCUACCGGGCCCUGCGCAGCGCCGUGUCCAGCCUGGCCCGACUAGACGACUUCAGCUGCGAGAAGGUCGGCGCGGGCUUCUUCUCCGAGGUCUACAAGGUGCAGCACCGCGUGUCGGGUCAGGUGAUGGCUCUGAAGAUGAACAUCCUGGCGAGUAACAGAGCCAACAUGCUCAGGGAGGUCCAGCUUAUGAACCGCCUGUCACACCCAAACAUCCUCAGGUUUAUCGGCGUGUGUGUCCAUGAGGGGGCGCUCCACGCACUCACAGAGUACAUUAACGGCGGUAACUUGGAGCAGCUGUUGAGCAGUGACGUGCACCUGUCGUGGAGCGUGAGGAUGGGCCUCGCCCUGGACAUCGCGCACGGCCUGCAGUACCUCCACAGCAAGGGAAUCUUCCACCGGGACCUCACCUCCAAGAACUGCCUGGUGCGCUGGGAAGGCAGCGCGUGCACGGCCGUGGUGGGAGACUUUGGCCUGGCGGAGAAGAUCCCAGAUUACAGUGACCCAGCAGAUCAGGAGCCUUUGGCUGUUGUCGGCUCCCCCUACUGGAUGGCUCCGGAGGUGCUCCGAGGAGAGCUGUACAAUGAGAAGGUGGACGUGUUCGCGUUUGGGAUCAUCUUGUGUGAGAUUACUGCGAGAAUCCAGGCCGACCCCGACAUCCUGCCACGCACCGAGGACUUUGGUCUGGACGUUCUGGCCUUCAAGCAGAUGGUGGACGAUUGUCCUCCUGAUUUUCUGGAUCUGGCUGUCGCCUGCUGUAAUAUGAAUCCAAAGCUCCGCCCCUCCUUUUCCCAAAUUGUGCUGCAGCUGGAGCGGAGAAAGCGUAAGGUGGAGUCGCCCGUUACCGCAUCUUCAGAAGUGGGCACUGUCAGGCGCCGGUCUCUGUGCGUCGUCUCAGAGCCACACAUCUCCCGCAGCAAAUCAGACAUACUCAGUCUUUCAGACACGCCCCCCUCUGUGCCGUUGGCUCCCACACGAGUCAACCCCUUCUCUCUGAGGGAGGAUCUGAAGGGCGGGAAGAUCAAACUCUUCGACACGCCCAGCAAGUCGGUCAUCUCGCUGACCUUUACGCUGCCCCCGCCUCCAGACUGCUGUGACGAGGCCUCGCCGCCGGACUCCUGCGACCUGCCCAGGAGGCACCGGCGCUGCCACUCGCUGCCUUGUACGCCGCCGCCACACCUAACGUUGGCACCAAACGUCCUGACUGAGGAGGACUCCCCUGAGCUGGACACGGGGAAUAGUGACUUGAAGAUGGCAAGUGAGGAGGAGCGACUGUUAGAAGAAAAGGAGGCUGGGACCACCCACCUGGGAGGCGACUCAGAACUUCCUCUCUCCUUUGGAACUCUGUCACCAGAACAAGAGGAGGAGCCCAUGGAUUGCACCAGCUCCCCGGACUCCAAACCGUCUCCUCCCUCUCGCUACUCGACUCCACUCUCACCCGCCACUCCUCCGUUCUCAAACGGCUGGGAGUCUGCUGUCUCCAGGCCUCUGUCUCUGCCUCCCCUUGCUCACCUGGACAACAACAACAUUGUGGUCAGUCGACAGCUGGGCUGGAACACUGCUCCAGCAACAAACAAUGGCUGCCACUCCCCCGGUGACCCGGCUGGGUUGUCCCCGUUUGGCUCCAGUAGUGGCCACUCUCUGGAGCAGGAGGAAGUGAUUUCCUGCCCAGGCUGCUGCCUGGCAGGAUUUCACUUCCCCUCCUUGUGUCUCAGGGCCCCACCACGUAGAAACCCCUACAAGAACCUGAACGGGGACCACGCCACCCAAGGACUGCUCUGCCCUGGACCCAGGAUCCUGCCACCUGCUCAGACUCCCACAUCCACCACCAGCAGCCUGGAGCCAGGACUCUCCUUACCUGGGGUGCAGACUUGAACUCGUGGGACCAAUCGGAGAAGACGCUCCGUCCACCAGCAGUGUUGAACUCGACACCUGGAAGCAAGCAAAUAGAAAUUUGCACUCAGCAUCUUUAUGCAGAAAGACUAAAUGUCAAAAAAUGACUCCAAUGAAAAUGGCGGUUUCUUUGGUGUCUUUGCAGGAGGCUUGUUGCAUGGCGCCCUCUGCUGGGCUGAGGGUGUCACACUGCGUAGCUCAGCAUGUCAUUUUGAUCUUGUCUGAUUCUUUUUGACUGAAAUGAGGAAUGUUUAGUACACCCUUCUGGUGUGUGUGUGAGAGAGAUCUGUUUAAAGUAUUUGACUGAUGUUAAUAAAUAUAUUAUUAUUAUUAUUGGUCAGAAUCUGCUUUUAGAUGUGCAGAUUGACAGCCAGCUUAAAUAAAAAGAUGGAAUGCA